ACUUACCGAAAUUACCGCCUAAAACAUACUUUGUCGAUGGCGUCUGCCUCUCGGAAUCAGGUCUGUCAUUCAUUCGCAAGCAGUCCAUGAGGUUGGGUGAGAAGAAGCGCAACCCGUCGAGGUGGAAAAGAACGCUGCCCACACAUCCAGGUCUCCUCAUGCACCUGGCCAGCAUGUCGUCUGAGAGGAUGGAGGAAGAGCCCGAUGGAGGAGCAGAUACUAAAGGUUGCCAUUUUGUUUUCUUCACAAUCAAUCAUUUCUACCUUCUUUUAUUAAUUUAUUUCAUUAUUAGAUUCUAUUAUUUUUCAUCAUCGGUGCAAUCAUUAACAUCACCACCUCGUGAUAAACUGACCCCAUCACGUGAUAGACUUGCACAUGAUGGACGAAUGCAAGAUGGAUGGAAGCCAGGAGGAAGACCUGCUUUCACCCACUUACCCCGAUCGGUUGGUCGAGGGUCAGGGUGCCAUGCCGGCAGCGGGAGGCCUGCUCGAGGAGAAGAAGAAGAGGCCUCGCAUGAGAAUGGGCAUGGGUGUAGGAGGGUUCAUACCUCGCUCACGAACAAGAGGUGGGGGUGUCAAUAGGUCACGGUUGAUGGGACUUUCCACCUUAGGGAAAUCUACAUCCAUGUUCCCUGGACAGGACGAUGUGGAUGAAGCUGAUGGGAAGAAAUUGAAACAGAGGAGGCAGAGGAAGGUGGUGAAGAGGUCGUCACUUGAAGAUGCUUAUCCUGCUUACCUCCAGGACGCCUUCUUUGGACGGGAUCUACUCAACCAGUUCAAACCCAACAUUCGACCAGAGAGCAUCGACCUUACGAGUUUGGAGCCCCUCCCCAUUCCUUCACACUCCGCCACUGAGGCAACGAAAUCUCUGGUGGGCCAACAAAUGGACCAAUCAUGGCAAAGCACAUCUGGAACAGCUGAUAUGUUUGUCAGUCAGAAGCAACUAUCAGCUGACCAAUCGGGUGGCCACCAGCAUCAUCAACAUCAGCAGCAACAACUGCAGCAGCAGCAAGCAAAUUCAGCAGAAGGGGGUUCCAUAAAUUCGCUGGAUGUUGAUUCACUGGAUAGGGAUCAAGCCUUGGAUUCCUUGGACCAGUUUCAUGACAUCUUGGAUAAGUUUGCCAGCUCAACAGAACAUGAUGUCUUAACGCAAAUUGACAAUGAAACAUUGGAAGAUAUAUUGAAGAAUGGCCUUAAUGACAAUCAAACUGAGUCUGAAGAUAAUUUUGCCCUAGGGAGGUGUUCAUCGUUCACCCCAUCCAAAGGAUCGAGCGCCAGUGUCUCUCCACUCAGCCCCUCCCUGGCAGAGGCCAAUAGUUCUGUAUACUCUGCAACUGGUGAUGCAUCUUCAAUGUGGGCGCCCACGCCACAGAUGAGAUUGCAGCAGCAACAACAACAACAGCAGCAGCAGCAACAACAUCAGCAACAACAAAUGCACCAUCAACAACAACAGCAACAACUUCCUCAACAGAAUUUAUCCUUUCAACAUUUUCAGUAUAGCCAUCAGCAACAACAACAGCAACAACAUCAACAACUGCCUAAUCAAGGGUUCUAUGCAAACAAUCCACAAGUCUCUCACCUUCAGCCUUCUCUCUCUCAAAUGGAUGUCCCCGAUGACGA